AAUAAAAAAUAAAUAAAUAAAUAAAUAAAAAUGAAAAGAUUUUCUUCACCACUUACUUACAAUUUUCAAAGUGGUAUAUUUGAUAUUGAUAGGUUUCUUGAUGAAACAAAAUCAAAAUCAAAUAAUAAUAAUUCUUCAACUACAAUAUCCGAUAAUAAUAAUAAUAAUAAUAAAUCAUCUUUAAAAUGGAUUCCAUAUAAUGAAUUUAGUAAUAUUAAAGAAAUUGGUAAAGGAGGAUUUGGUGUUGUUUAUGAAGCUAUUUGGCAUGACGCACCUGAACAGAAAAUUGAUCUAAUUUGGAAUAAGAAAAGAGUAGCUUUAAAAGUUUUACGUUAUUCUACUAACGAUGAUCAAAGUACAGAUUUCUUGAACGAGCUGAAAUUACAUUAUCGAUGUAUGGAUUCAGGGAGGGUUCUUCCAUGUUAUGGAAUAAGUCAAGAACCUCAAACAAAUAAUUAUAUAUUAGUAAUGCAAUAUGCAAGCGAAGGAAAUUUAAGAAAUUAUCUUUCAACUUCUUUUGCAAGAUUUGAUUGGUGGAAAAAAGUAAAUAUGCUUCGUGAUAUCGUAAUUGGUCUUCAAUCUAUUCAUAACGAGGGUUUAGUUCAUCACGAUUUUCAUAGUGGUAAUAUAUUGCGUCAUGGCUACGGCAAUGAUAGUAAUAAUUUAGAUACUUAUAUAUCAGAUCUUGGAUUAUGUCACCCUGUAGAUAAAAAUCAUACUAAAUCAAAGGUUAUUGGAGUUUUACCUUAUUUAGCUCCUGAAGUUUUACGUGGUGAAAAAUAUACAAAAGCUGCUGAUAUUUAUAGUCUUGGUAUUAUAAUGUGGGAAAUUACUACGAGUGAUAAACCAUUUUAUGAUCGUUCUCACGAUAAUCGAUUGGCGAUUGAAAUUUGUUUAGGAUUAAGACCAAAACUUAUGCCCGGAACUCCUGAAUGUUAUGCUCAAGUAAUGCAAAAAUGUUGGAAUGCAGACCCUUUGUCACGUCCAACCGCAGAAGAAUUAUUUGUAAUGUUAAAACAAUUUAAAGAAAUAUCAAAUUAUAGGACACAAAUUGGUGAAGCAGAAUUAAUUCGUUUUGGUGUUAUUGAAAAUAUUUUAUCAACGAAAAGUCAUAAAUCGAUACAUCCUGAAGCUAUUUAUUCAAGUCGUUUAUUAGAAUUUUCUGAUCUUCCUCAACCAAAAAAUGCCGAUCCUGUUUCAAUUCCAACACCAAAUGCUUAUCGUCCAGUUCGACGUCGUGCAAAUAGUGUAACAUUUCAUAAUCGUCGUCCCAAUAACAAACAAACAAAUAGACGAAGUGUUCAAAUUCAAUCCGUAUCGAGUACUUUUAACGAAAGACGGCAUAGUAGAUCAUUUAGUAGUGACGAAGUUGCAGAAAGUAUGCGACGAUUAAGUCUAUCAUUAGGACCUUCAAAAGAUUUAAAUGCGAUAAAUGAGGAACUUUUCGAAGAUUAAUAAUUAAUUUUCCCCCCGUUUCAAUUACAAAUUUUCCACUUAAUCUAAAAAUAUCUCCCUCCACCUUGUAUAAAUUAUUUCUCAUUCUUUGUCUAUAAUUCAUUCUUAAUAAUGUAUUAUGUAAAAAAAAAAGUAUUUAUUAUUCAAUAUUAUUUAAUUUUUUUUUUGGUUUUUUUUUUGUAAAAUGUUUAAUAAAAAAUUUUUAAUUAAUUACCGUGUG